UAUGUGGCUAGAAGGGGACAUGUGGCGAUAGAAUACGAGAGACGCUGCAAGAUUAUGUGAAUAGUUAAGGUCGAAAGUUUAUCUGGAUUAUAUCAACCCUGAUAUGGCUGAUUCCCGCACUAUUGUGGAAGGAUCUGUGAAGUAUCGUGAUGGCAGGAAGUGGAAGAAUCGAUGGUGCGUUCUCUCCAAACUUUCUCCAGUUGCAGACUGCCUCCAUCUCCAGAUGUACCGAGACAGCAAAGAUCGAUGUAAGAAUGUACCAACCAAGGCCUCUCUUUCUCUGGAAAAGUUCCUGGGUUUGGAAACUGGGUUUACUCUGGACAAAGAGAGCAACACAAUGGCUGUCAUCUGUUUCGAUAUGGUUGUACUGCUCGCCUUCGACUCUAGAGAACUUCUCAUACAAUGGCAAGUUAAAAUUAGAUCCAACGUAGUGGAAGAGCAAAGCUACUUGGUUCAGGUUUCCCACGUUCCAGCAAAAAGUAAGCUUCCUUGUGGUCCUGCAAGACUACAUCUCCAAGACUAUAUGUUUUGCCUCGCCUCAGGAGUUCCUCCCAAACUGCUGGGAACAUGGUCACUUAAGGAGCUCCGCAGGUUCGGUGUGGUGGAAGCCAAAUUCUGUUUCGAAGGAGGAUCGCGCUGUGGUAAAGGCGAAGGUCUUUUUAUCCUAUUGACCAAUCAGACAGCAGAUCUCUCUGAAGCCUUCGAUUUAGCCUCUAGGGGAAAACUUGCGAGUAGAAGCAGACCAACAGCUAGAGCCAAUUCUGAAACUUCGUUUAGAAGAUCUUUACAACCCAAGUCAAUGAGCAGACACUCUGAAAAGUACAGGAAUGAAUCCAAUCAGCCUCUUCUCAGCUCGGGUUCUGAUGGUAGUACUUCUGAUGCUUGUUCCGAAAACAUUCGAUUCAGUUCUGAUUCUCUAACGCGAAAUGAAAAUUAUCCCACUAGUACAACGUGUAAAACCCAUCAUCGAUGUCCAUCGUUAACAUCUCCGUUCACGGCAUCAUUUAUAUCCAAGGAUAGCGACGUGGGGAGUGCACAAACAAUUUCUUUAGCGUUAGGCUAUUCCCGUGAACAAACACCACAAAUUUUAAAUCAAAGUCUGGAAUCCAAUGUGAACAUGAAUAUUUUGGAUAUAGAAAGAGACUGGAACGCCAAUCAAUGUGAUAAGUGUGGACGACAGUAUUGUCCAUCAAACAAACUGACAUCUUCCUCUCUACAAACGCGACACGAGAAUAGUGCUUUAGCUUCUCACUGGUGUCCCAAUAUAAAAGCAGGGUCCCCAAAUAAAGAAAUUACUUUCCAAGGGAAUACUGUGAUCGUGGGAUGCGGUAAGAGACGGCCUUCCGACAGAUCUUCGAUGUCCUCCCAGAGUAGUCACAGCAGUAGUGCCAGUAGCAGUGGUUCUGAAUACUCUUUACCAAAAAACUGUCUCGAUAACGUAUACGGAAAACUAAGAGGUACUCACGUGAUAAAACAACCACCCAGUCUCCCAAAACUCCUCAUAAGGAGAAGUGUUCCUAUUCAAGAGGAAAUUUCUGGUGUUGUAACUUCUAGUGCUCAGCAGCAAGGCAAGUGGGCUAAUAAUUUGCAUACGAGUUCAAUCAUUGGAAGCUCAGAAAAAUGUUGGUCCAAUGACGUUAUUCCUCGUGUGCACAAAAGAAGUGCCUCUUGUUCUUGUACCUAUCGACCAAUAGAUGAACUGAACAAACCAAAAGAUUCAUCUAACAGCGUAGGAAAAUUAUUUGGAUCAACACCUAAAAUGGAUAUAACAGGCUCACCUAAUGACAGCCCUGUUAGACAAAAAAGACGAAAUGUGGGGAUCUUGAGGUCACAAAAAUCUACAGAUAGCCCCUACGUUCAUUACGCAGUACCUAAGCCUAUUCUUCAUGAUGACAAAGACAAGGAGAAACAACUGAGAAACCAGGCUUGGAGUUCACAGGUGCCUUUAUUGACUACGCAACAUUAUGACGUUCCUCGUAAAAUCAGAGAAAAUGUUCUGAGAGAGAAAACUACUAAACUUCCUACAUGUGUAUGUUGCACGUGUAAUUUUUCCAAAAAUGGUGACCACUCAAAACCACUUCAACAGAGUUUAGAUCGAAAUCUCAAGAUUCAAUUUUGUGACUGCCAAAGAAUGCUAUUAUGGACAGGAAACCUGGUUCCUUUCUGGAGAAGUAACUCACUGGAAAAUUGGAGCAGUUCUGCAGGUUUUGUUACACAUGAGUGUGAAUCCAAAGAUAAAACAAGACUAGGUCCUGUGUGUACUGAACCCACGAAGAGAUCAACUGAAGUACUCUUUUUGAACGGAAAACAAAGGCACGUCCUUUUGAAUUCUGAUUUACGAGAGUUUCAAAGCAAUGAAUCAAAGCCUUCUGAAACAGAAGAUGGUAAAAGUUCGGUAGAAACAGCAAACGUUUUGACUUCAGCCAAGGGAAGUUUGCAUCUUUUUGACGCUUCUAUCAAUUACGUAAAUUUUCAGAAACCUCGAAGUUAUAAAAGAGAUGAAAAAUGCAAACUCAUUGACGAUUUUUCAAAUUAUGCUAACUUGAAAUGUUUAGAGCCUUGUCUCGAUAAUCCAACAUUUAGUUUGCGUAGUGACAAUGGACCUGUCGCAGUCCAUCCUCAUGGCUUGUCUCGGAACAACAUUGAACAAGUAAUUUCGGAUCGUUCUCAUAAAGAAUAUGAAGAUAUUUCAGACUUAAAUACUGGCAUUGAAUCUCAAAAAAUUAUCUCCUCUUCGGUGCGUGAUAAAGAAAGUGUUUACGAAAUGAUGUCAUGUCAAAACGAAACACCCCACUCUUUUAACUCGUCCAAUGACAAUUAUUUGCCAAUGGAACCUGCAGAUUCGUGGAAGUCAUUAGUUUCAAUUCCUUCAUUAUCAAAUUUUGAUCUCGUCAGUGAUAAAUCUGUCUUCAUUAACUCUUCCGAGACGUCACAAAAUAUAGACGAAAACUUGCUUCUGAAACCUUUUCUGCCCUUUAUUUUACCCAGUAAGGAUUAUGACUCAGCCCAGGAAAUUGAUUCCACUUCCAAAUCGUACUCACGUGCACAGAAAAGUGAAUUUUAUAAUCCAGUAAGCCAAAAAGAUGUUUUUUCAACAGAAAUCCCAUCUCGGACUAAUCGUUCAAACUCAUUAGGUAACUUAAAGAAGAAAGUAUUCAUGAGGACUAGAUCUAAAUCCAUUGGAGGAAGACAAAAUCAUGGUGAUUCGUCACAACAUUUUGAAACUUCUGAGUCUAUUUAUAGAAAGAAGUACUCUUUCUUCACUAAACUGGCUUUAAGAAAUAAGAGGAAGUUAUUUAGAACUGAUGAUUUCUCAUCUUCAUCGUCAGUUCCUACUUCUCCAAAUGCCCAUUCUCUAAACAGCAUUAGUAGAUCAGCAGGCUGUCUAAUAGAUGACGAAGAUCCCUUAAUGUCGGAGUAUGACUUCAGUGGACUUCCUCGUCCUAGUCAGAAAAUGUCUCUUAGAGACGGUUGCAGCCAGCCAAGUAUCGUUAAAAGAUCUCGCAGUGUUCCAUUCAAGUCCAAGAGUAAUGAAUGCUGGGUAAAAGCUUCAGUUUCUCAUAGAACGGCGUGUACACUCCGUGAAGGAGUUCUUCCAUCUAGUAACGUUGUAGAUUCCAUUUGCAUUCAUGGAUCGCUUCCUAGAACGCAACAUGAAGACAAGAGUGUUUCAGCACAGAAGGUUCUUUCUGUCCAGACAGAAAUAGAAAAAUGUGGGAAACGCGCUUCUACGCAAGAGAUCUCAUCAGAAAGUAAUAGAUGUUUAGGAACAGCAGGCAAGUUGGACCAUGCUACCACAUCUAGCAGUUCUUCCGACAUGAGUGACAUUAUUGAGACCUUGUCAUUAUGUUCUGAGAGUAGUAGCAGUAGCGCCAGUUUUCUCUGAACAUCCAACAGCGCAAGAAGUUUACAUCCUCAACUGUUAAACAAUGUACGGUAUUCAAAAUACGGAUACCAGUUCAGAUCAAUUGACCUGUUGAUAUUGUUUGAUAAAACGCAAAAUUCAUAAUGUGGACACUAGUUCCAAUCAAUUGACUUGUUGGACAGAACGCAAUAUUCAGAGUAAGGACAACUAGUUCAGAUUAGUCGGCAUAUUGAUAUUAUUGGACAAAUAUUGUCGUGUCCAAAUAACAAGAGAAUACGUUUCAAGGAGUAAGCACGAGAAAUGUUUCUUGGGAACCCUAAGAAGUCUUUUUUCGCGACAAAUUAUAAUUCUAUAAAUACUUCUCAUUCGCCAAGCUAUAGCCGCUCGUGUUUCUUUACAAGCAAGCUUUCAUAUCACACUAGUUUCGAGCCAGCAGAAUGUCCACUGUAUUUAACAAAUGAUGACAAGGAAAUAAACUAUCUUAAGACACUCUGAAACUGUUGGUUUUGCUGGAAAGGCAAAAAUUAGCAUCCAGACGUUGAUCUAAUAGAUUCUACUAGGGGUAAAAAAUUGGAAAAGAAUUCACGUUGCGACAUAAAGAAAGAUCCAGUUUUUAAAAUAUCUCGAUGACUUUACUGCAAAACUUUAUGUGGUCGUUAUGCUCAAAUAUUAAAGACAUUUUCAUAAUCUUUUAAUAUAUGUCUUAACCUAAUCAUAAAUGGUAUGCCAAUGCUCUAAUUGAAAAACGGCUACAUAUCGUAUUGUAUUUCCAAACUAUUAACAUUUUAUCUCAUAAGACGUCAAAUACUUAUUAUACCUUAUCAUAAUCCCAUGAAAAUGAACAAUAUCGUAAAUAUUAAGUGGAAAAUUUCAGAUUUUAGUUUUAAGAAACUGAUAUUAAACCUGACGUUUCGAAAGGCUU